AUGUGGAGCAGCAGGAGGUUAGAUCAUCAGUGUAGAGCCAAUCCACCAGUCCACCAAUCCACCAGUCCAUCAGUCCACCAAUCCACCAGUCCACCAGUCCGCCAGUCCGCCAAUCCACCAGUCCACCAGUCCAUCAGUCCACCAGUCCACCAGUCCACCAAUCCACCAGUCCAUCAGUCCACCAAUCCACCAAUCCACCAAUCCAUCAGUCUACCAAUCCACCAAUCCACCAGUCUACCAGUCCAUCAGUCCAUCAGUCCACCAGUCCAUCAGUCCACCAGUCCACCAGUCCAUCAGUCCAUCAGUCCACCAAUCCACCAGUCCAUCAAUCCAUCAGUCUACCAAUCCACCAAUCCACCAGUCCACCAGUCCAUCAGUCCACCAAUCAGUCCACCAAUCCACCAGUCCAUCAAUCCAUCAGUCCACCAGUCCACCAAUUCACCAGUCCAUCAGUCUAUCAAUCCACCAGUCUACCAGUCCAUCAGACCACCAGUCCAUCAGUCUAUCAAUCCACCAGUCCAUCAGUCUAUCAAUCCACCAGUCCAUCAGUCCACCAGUCCAUCAGUCUAUCAGUCCACCAAUCCACCAAUCCACCAGUCCAUCAGUCCACCAAUCCACCAGUCCAUCAGUCCACCAGUCCACCAAUCCACCAGUCCAUCAGUCCACCAAUCCACCAAUCCACCAAUCCACCAGUCUACCAGUCCAUCAGUCCACCAGUUCAUCAGUCCACCAAUCAGUCCACCAAUCCACCAGUCCAUCAAUCCAUCAGUCCACCAGUCCACCAAUUCACCAGUCUAUCAAUCCACUAGUCCACCAGUCCAUCAGUCCAUCAGUCCACCAGUCCACCAGUCUAUCGGUCCACCAGUCCACUAA